AUGCCUUCGAUCCUGAACGACAGCGACAAGGAAAUUGUCAGGAGAACUGUCCCCAAGCCGGCCAACAAGAUCUUUGCCGUGGCCGUUGCGCGCUUAUAUGUGGCCCACCCCGACACUCAGAGAUGGACAUUCACUGGUCUACAGGGAGCUGCAGUGCUAGCAAACGACUUGGUCGGACGCACCUUUUGGCUGAAGCUGGUAGACGUCUCGCCCGCCAAUAGGGGUGUCAUAUGGGACCAGGAAAUCUACGAUAACUUCGCAUACAACCAAGACCGCACGUUCUUCCACUCCUUCGAGCUCGAAGAUUGCCCCGCCGGACUGUCCUUUGCCGACGAGAAAGAGGCUAAGACGUUCAUCAAGAAAGUACAUGAGCGGGAGAAGCAUGCGAGCAAGGAGACACGACAGACGCCCUUCGCGUCCACCCGGGGCCAGGGCCCUGCCCCCGUGGUGAACGGCAAGUCGGGAAUGGGACGGUCGCUGUUUGGCAGCUUGCUUGGCCAUCGCUCAUCAUCGGCAUCCCAUGGACCACCGCAGGUCACCCCCGCAGAACUACCCCCGGCACCGUCGAUCCAGGUUGCUCCGCCGCGGCCUCCGGCAAGCCCACCACGCAAGGAAUUGCCAUUCGACACCAGUGAUCCGUCAUGGAAGGGCCUCCUGGACGAACUCCUACAGAUGGGCAUCACCGAAGACCAGAUUGCGGACAACUCCGACUUCAUCAAGGCAUACAUUGACCAGAAACAAGGGUCAACCCCCCCUCCUACCGAUGACCAGAGGAGAGGAAAAGUCCCCCCUCCACCCCCUCCAUCUGGGCCGCCUGGCUCGAAGGUGGCCACUCUCAGCCCGCAGAACACUGGCAAUAGCAAUGGCAGUCGACGAGGUGCUCCGCCGCCGCCACCGCCGUCGCGCAGGACUCGAGCUGACGCGACGGAGGAGGAGCCUGUCUCGAAACGGGAACCCUCCCCCCCAAGGAACCGGUUCCGUGCGCCGCCUCCGAUCGCAGAUGCUGGCAAAUUUGCUCAUACUCCUAUGCCACCCACUCGCCAGCGAGCUCUGUCGAGUGCUACCCAGGGGCCUCCGCCUCCACCACGGCCUCCCAAGACCCCAAUGGAUGAAAACAACCAGCCCCCGUCGCGGUUGUUCGGUGUCCCUCCGCCGUUCCAGGGCGAGCGCAAGGUGUCCGCUCCGCCCGCACCACCCGUUCGAAGCCCAUUGCCUCCAGGGCCCCCGCCGCCUCCUCCUCGCCCCAUGAGCCCGGCACCACCGCCGCAGCUACCUCCCAAAGUUCCCAACGCGUCUGCCCCCGGGCCUCCGCUCCCACCGCCCAGAAGCCCCGUUUCGGUGCCUCCUCCACCUCCACCGGUACCUGCCGUGUCUCGGCCUAUCCCUCCCCCGCCGACAUCGAGCUCGGUGGCACCUCCACCCCCGCCUCCAGUAUCGAAUAUUCCGCCUCUACCUCGGCCUUCUCCAACCACAUACGCUCCGCCGCCGCCGCCACCACCACCGCCAUCGUAUCCGUCGCCCAGUGCAGGGCCUCCUGCUCCGCCGCCACCACCGCCACCACCAAUUGGUUCAGUACCUCCACCUCCGCCCCCUCCGCCUCCUGGAGCCGGUGCUCCUCCCCCGCCGCCUCCACCCCCUGGAUUCGGUGCCCCUCCGCCGCCGCCCCCCCUCCUGGCGCUGGUGCCCCUCCGCCGCCGCCUCCCCCUCCUGGCGCUGGUGCUCCUCCGCCUCCGCCUCCGCCUGGUGGCGCUGCGCCACCCUUGCCCAAGCCCGCUGGCGAACGGAAUGACCUCCUGGCUGCCAUUAGAGCAUCUGGAGGACAAGGAGGUGGUGGUUUGCGCAAGGUCAAGGCCAGUGACAAGCGCGACCGGAGUGCCGCACUUGUUCCCGGCUCUGCCAACGAAUCCUCCGCGCCAACUCCAAGCAGCGGAGGUGCUCCUGCGGGCGGCCUGGCAGGGGCUCUUCAAGAUGCUCUGGCAAAGCGGAAGCAGAAGGUCAGCGGUAGUGGUAAGUGCCCCUUUCACCCCCUCCAACCCCCCUACCGAUGAGAUAUCGAGCGAGUACUAAUCCGCCUUACAGACGACGAAGGAGAGGACGACGACGAUUGGUGAGCCCUGCUCGGCUCCGUUUUUUUUUUUUUUUUACUUCUUUCUUGAACAGUUCCUCUUGUUGCCAUGGCUUAGACUUGUCGGGAUUUUCAUAUGAUA